AUGCCCAGGCAGCCCGCAAAUGCCAGCAGUGCUCUGGAGUUCAUCCUGCUGGGACUCACCGAGAACCCGGAGCAUGAGACUCUCCUCUUCGUGCUCUUCCUCCUCAUGUACCUAGUCACAGCCAUAGGCAACCUGCUCAUCCUUGUGGCCAUCAGCUCUGACCCGCACCUGCAUACGCCUAUGUACUUCUUCCUGGCCAACCUGUCCCUGGUGGACUUGUGCCUAGCCACCAACACAGUGCCCAAGAUGCUGGACAACCUAAGGGCGGGCAGCAAGGCCAUCUCGUACGUCGCCUGCCUCACCCAGAUGUUCUUCUUCCACUUCUUCGGCAUCGUGGACAGCGUCCUGAUCGCCGUCAUGGCCUAUGACCGCUACGUGGCCAUCUGUCACCCUCUGCACUACACCACACGCAUGAGCCCAAGCCUCUGUGGGCUGCUGGUGGGGGGGCCCUGGUUCUUCUCAGGGCUCCUCUCCCUCACCCACAUCCUUCUCAUGACCCGCCUGGUCUUCUGUGGCAGCCUGGAACUCCCACACUAUUUUUGUGACCUCACCCCAAUGCUGCGGUUGGCUUGCUCUGACACCUCGGUCAACCAGGCCUUCGUGCUAUUCGUGGCUGCCCUGGUCAUCGCCUCGCCCUUCGUCUGCAUCCUGGCCUCGUAUGCCCAUAUCUUGGUUGCUAUCCUCAAAGUGCCCUCAGCGGGUGGGCGACGCAAGGCUUUCUCCACCUGCAGCUCGCACCUGUCUGUGGUCGCCCUGUUCUAUGGCACCACCAUCGGGGUCUACCUGUGCCCUUCAUCUGUGCGUACAGCUGUGAAGGAGAAGGCAUCGGCUGUGAUGUACACGGCUGUCACCCCCCUGCUGAACCCCUUCAUCUACAGCCUCAGGAACAGGGACAUGAAGGGGGCCCUGAAGAAACUUGUGUACCGCAAGGUCACCGUUAUGUCUUGA